AUUGUUUUUUUUUAGAUGAAAAUUUGUCUUUGAGUCUCACAGCUUCCAAUGUCUGACUGUAGCUCUUUUUUUCACAGAGAUAAACGAAAUCUGCCUGUCCUUUGUCAGAGCGGAUUGCAAACAAGGCAGUAAGUUCUUUGUGUUGACUUCUAUUUGAGUGUAAACAUAUGGGGCCAAAUGUAUCAGUCUUUGCGUACAAUUUGCUGUAGGACUAGGUUUUGGUUGAAAGAAUACAGACAUCCAGUGGAAGCAGACAUCCAGUGGAGCCAAUGGUAUACAUUGAAAAUGUAAAUAGAUUGCUCUUUUUUAAGUACAGUUCAGCUUGUGUAUAUUUCACAUUGAUCACUGUGCAACUGGGGUAUAACUAUUAAUUGUUUGAUAAUUGUUGGUAGAGCUCACCAUAAUGUUUCCACAGUCGUCUGGUCACCCAAGAUAACACACAACAACCCAACAUUAUCAUGACAUGAACCCUUGUGUCUGUUGCAGACAGGUGUUGGAGAGUACACUCCAAAAUGCCCUACCAGUGGCAAUUUAAGGCUGGAGAAACCUGGACCGACUUUCCACUCAGUGAAGACAUCGAGAGUGACUUUUGUAACCCAAGUCGUGCCAGCUUCAUCGCUUUGAGUGUGAAGUGUGACCCCGUUUGUUUUGAUACCAUGACCUGCGGGCCCCAUGAGGUGCGACGGCUCUCCACAGCCCCCUCCGUGCUCAUGCCUGACUUCAUCCUCACCACCGAGUGGCUCUGGUACUGGGAAGAUGAGUACGGAAAAUGGGUCCCCUAUUCCUCCAUAAAAGAGAUGCACAGGAUGUCCUCAGUGUACUCCAGUGAUCUGGAAAAGCGUUACCAGGAAGACAACAAUGCUGUGGUCCUCUUCACAGCUGGUAAAGAGCACUAUGAACUGAGUUUCAAAGAUAUGGAGCAAAAGAAUGUGCACUAUGGCACCCCGAGACAGGUUAGAAGAAGACCUGAGUUCAUCUCAUCGGUUGGUGUCCAAACCGCCAGAACCAGGUAUGGUGGUGUUAGUGCUAGUAGCAAUACCUCAAUGCUACUGUAAUGGUUGUAAGGCUUUAAAUAUUAAGCUUGUGCUUCAAUCACAG